CAUAUGGCAUGUUAAUGAAUCACGGGAAACAACCAUCCAAACAGAGUGUUAGGGAUCAAUUGAAAACGUUGAAUACAUUGAACUCCACCUCCUACUCUGUGGUCCAAGCUUAGUCACCGUCGGAUCUCAGUACACAAACUCUCACCGAUCUGAGUCAACUCGCUACUGACUCACAAUGGCGAGUCGUCGACUCAUCCUUUUACUUUCUCUCUCUUCUCUUCUUCUCUUCUCUCUCUACUUCACUGCAUCCGCCGGCGCCGUCGGAGCCGCCGGAUCCGCCGAUGACGACGAAGACCUAAGCUUCCUCGAAUCGGACGACGAAAACGACGCCGCACCGCAACACACUUUCCCCGAAGAAACCGAUGAUUUCGACGAUGAUGACGACGAGGAUUUUGAUAAUUACGACGAUUUUGAUGUCCCGUCGGCGUUUGAUAACGAGAAGGAUGAGGAAGAUGAAGGUCCUAAGGUCGAUGAUAAGGACGUCGUCGUUUUGGCGUACAGGAACUUCAGUGACUUCGUGGAUGAUAAUAAGUAUGUGAUGGUGGAGUUCUACGCGCCUUGGUGUGGGCACUGUAAGGAACUCGCCCCGGAGUACGCUGCCGCAGCGACGGAGCUAAAGGCUGAGAAUGUGUCGUUGGCAAAAGUCGAUGCCACAUUGGAAAAUGAGUUAGCGGAGAAUUAUGAGGUUCAAGGAUUUCCUACUAUUUAUUUUUUUGUUGAUGGUGAGCAUAAAACUUACAGUGGCCAAAGAACUAAAGAUGCAAUCGUGACUUGGAUCAAGAAGAAGAUUGGACCUGGCAUUUACAAUAUAACGACAACAGAGGAUGCAGAGCGUGUACUAACCUCUGGGAACAAAGUUGUUUUAGGGUUCCUUGAGUCCUUGGUGGGUCCUGAAUCUGAGCAGCUUGCUGCUGCUUCCAAACUUGAGGAUGAUCUUCACUUUUACCAGACGACGAAUCCUAAUGUGGCUAAGCUAUUCCAUAUUGAAGACAUUGCUAAACGCCCGGCUUUGGUCUUGCUUAAGAAGGAAGAAGAGAAAGUGGUGCAUUAUGAUGGUCAAUUCACCAAGUCUGCAAUAGCUAAGUUUGUAUCUGCCAACAAGCUUCCUCUAGUGACAACUUUUACCAGAGAAAGUGGACCUUCAAUUUUCGAGAGUCCAAUAAAGAAGCAGGUUUUGCUCUUUGCCACAACAAAUGAUACGGAUAAAGUAUUCCCAGCAUUUCAAGAAGCUGCCAAACUCUUCAAGGGAAAGCUUAUCUUUGUUUUUGUCAAUAUGGAUGAUGAAGAAGUUGGAAAACCUGUAUCAGAUUAUUUUGGAGCUACUGGAGAUUCUCCAAAGGUUAUUGGAUAUACAGGAAAUGAGAAUCCCAGGAAAUACAUUUUUGAUGGGGAGAUCUCCGUUGAGAAGCUUAAGGCAUUUGGAGAGGAUUUUCUGUCAGGCAAACUCAAAGCUUUCUAUAAAUCAGACCCUAUUCCUGAAAAUAAUGAGGGGGACGUGAAGAUAAUAGUGGGGAACAAUUUUGAUGACAUUGUUCUAGAUGAGUCAAAAGAUGUGCUUCUGGAGAUAUAUGCACCAUGGUGUGGGCAUUGCCAAUCUCUAGAGCCAACAUAUAACAAGCUCGCAAAGCACUUACGUGACAUUGAGUCUCUUGUUAUAGCCAAAAUGGACGGUACCACAAACGAGCACCCUCGGGGAAAGGCUGAAGGAUUUCCCACAAUCCUAUUCUUCCCAGCAGGGAACAAGAGCGCGGAUCCAAUCCCAGUUGAUGCUGACCGAACUGUGGUUGCGUUGUACAAGUUUAUUAAGAAACACGCGUCUAUUCCAUUCAAGCUUCCAAAACCAGCUUCGUCAACUACAUCAGAGGGUUCCGAAGCUAAGGAAGAUGCCAAGGUUGAGUCUAGCAAAGGAAAAGAUGAACUAUAGAAGUUACAUAGCCUACGUUUUUUUCUUUGUUAUUUUCCUAGCUUGUUGUAGUAGGACAAGAUAGAUUGGGCUAGAAAGAUAGCCACGGAACCUAUUUUCUUUUCUUUCCUUUUAUUUCUUCUUUUGAGUUUAAAGUUUUCUCCUCCCUCUAGUAAUGAUAUUGUUUUGAGAGGUUAAGGUAAUAUACAUCUAGCCGAAUUUUUACAACAUGUACCAAAACGAAGUAUAAUUUAUUGUACUUUUAUCCCAA